AUGUCUUGCUACGACCUGUGCUCCACCUCUGCCUCUGGCAUCAUGCGCCCCCAGCCCCUGGCUGACAGUGGGAACGAGCCCUGUGUGAGGCAGUGCCCCGACUCCACCACCGUCAUCCAGCCACCCCCUGUGGUGGUCACCUUCCCUGGCCCCAUCCUCAGCUCCUUCCCCCAGGAAUCCGUGGUGGGAUCUGCUGGAGCUCCUCUUGUUGGGGGCUCCUUUGGCUCUGGGGGCUAUGGCUCCCUGGGUUAUGGGAGCUCUUCCCUGGGCUAUGGGGGUCUGUAU